UCGCGUUUCAUUUUAUCGAUCACGCAGCAGCACUACGGCCCGCAGCCGGCUGUCCCCUCCAGGCGGCCGAGUCAGUGCGCCCCGGGCCGCGCAGCGACACGUUUCACUUCAUACGUCACGAUGAGGUUAGCAGCGCUCCUUGCGCUGUUUUCGUUCGCUAUAGCCGACAACUUGAUUCCAGUGGACUAUAUACGCAAUAAAUUCUAUCCUUUGGAGACGGAGCUGUGGGAUAACGUCACUGACCCGAGAUGGACGGAGUCGGGGCUCGGCGACGUCGAGCUAACAAAGGUUUUCAUAGCCUUCGACAACAACAUACAGUCGAUUCCAACGAGAACUCGGCCGCCUUUGUCAACAGUUUGGUGGUGGAAGAAGCCUUUGGAGCAAAUACAGAUUGUUGAUGGCGUUUACAAAAACUUCAUUGAGUUUUUGUCGCGUCAAUCGGCGCCUGGUGCGGUUCCCUCACCAAUAAAGGAGUGGAUGGACUUGGCAGAGAACAUACUUGUGGAUUCGAAAACAUCGGUAAUCAGAGCGAUAAAGCGGUUGGAAGAAGCGCUGACCCACGCUGACCUAUUCCGGCGGGUAGCUACAGAUUUGCAGGAGGAACACCCGGACCUGUGCGAGCUGCAGAUGUCCCAGCACCAGCUCAUCUUCGACAUGUACAACACCAUAUCCCUUGCCGAGAUCAAGGGAUACGCCAUGAUGCAGUUCUCUUGGAUGCUGCUCAGGAUAUACGGGAAAGGCAACUUUACGCAAGAGGCAAGCCUGACGAGGCAGAGGUACGGCCAGAGGACCAACCAGACGGCGGCGGCCGCGAGGGCGGCGCUGUCGCUGGCCAAGCGCGAUCUGCACCGUUGUGACCCUGCGGCUCAUAAGGAGGGGGUAACCUACGACAUGGUGAAACGUCUCCUGCAGGGUUACAUUGAGAACGAAGUGGACAUGAACUCCGACGGGACGUGCCGGGAGAACUGCGCAUACUACACUGUCGCCGAGAACAAGAACUGUUAUCAAGACCUGUUCUGCAAGAAGCAGACGAGGUGCGGGGGCCGAAUCAUUGACUGUACUUUCUUGGAGUCUGAUAUGUGGGUGUGUCAGCCGAACUAUCGGCACGACCAUCGACGAUACGAAUGGAUCAAAUACGAGAGCGGCCGAACCCUGGGGCAUCCGGAUACUUGCUCGGGAUCAGUUACAAAGGUGGACUCCUGGUGGAAAUGGAACUUGCUACACUGCUCGUACUGUUUCUGCCUGUGCGAGGAAGACAUCCACGACAACAGGACCCAACGCUUCUUCAGCUUAGGGGAGUCUGUAGCAGACGUUGAGAACAACAAAGUGGUGACCGGCUUACGCCUCGUCAAGUACGGAAGAGUGUUCCACCUGCAGAUCAGCCAGGGCACGCUUGGAGAGCGGGGGUUAGUGACCCCGGGCUCGUGGGUUGAGCCGGAGAAUAAGUUUGACCCUAAAGACUACGAGGUCAACGAAGGAGUGGACUUCCACACCCUGACUUAUGAGAAGAGAGCUAUCGAUUUAGACGAACUUGAUUCUCCUUCGGGACACGUUAUGACUGGAGCAAGAUUCCGUAUGAUCGGCGCUCACUUGCACUUCGAGAUUCGCUCCACUCCAUUCAACUACACAACCGGUGCGCUCUCGCAUCAGAAGAGUGUGUGGAUCAGCAACGACAACACUGACGGCACUUUCACGCCGAGGAAGAAGCUGGAGCUGUCUGCGCCGGACAUCCCGACCAGGUCGGGAAUGUCGCUGCCCGUGGACUCCCAACACGAUCAGUACAUGGAGUUCACCCAUACUGACAUGAACAAGGACGCCGCGCAGAACACCGUACCCUUUAUAGAUAUACAGCCCGUGGAGCCGUUGAAGGGAGCGGCACUCCUGAGCGGAGCAGGUAUAAUCCACCGAGGAGCGUCGGGCUCCGGCGGUUUCCUGGCCGCGAAAGUCAUCACCUAUGACUUCUCCAAACACGUACAGGCGGAACUGCCGUCCGAGGAGAACUACCACGAAGACGACACGACAGACUUCGUGCCUGUCGUCAACUAAGUGAUGAGGGUCGGCGCGCGUAGAAUAACAUUCGUUUUUUAAAGUUUGAAAUUUAAUUUUAGAAUUUACUUGCUCAAGGCGGGGGCAUUCAAUUCUUUUCUUUUGUGUUCUUUUUUUAAUCGUGUUUUCAUUUUGUGAGGCUAAUCACUUCGUGUAAUGCCAGCCAGCAGGAGAUUGUGAUUUUGUAAAUAGUUACGCUAUUUAGGAUAUCACAGUUCUCCAGAACAGAAUAUGGAAAUUGAUUUGUAUGGCCUCUUUGUUCUGUGUUCUUAGAUAAUGUUAUCUUCGCUGCGCAUGCGCUGACCUUUAUAAAGUUUGUGUGAAUGAUUGGACAAUAGUGUGUAUUUUAUAUUUUAAUUGAUUGAAAUUGGAUAAUUAUGAUUUGAUACCAAUAAUUUUUCAGAAAUUUAUAAUUAAGUAGUAACUGUAUUUGCUACUGUGAUUUUGAAAUUUUAAUACUUGAUUAAAUUUUAUACGCAAUUGUGAUUUUAAAUUAGACGUAAGAAUCUCAAAACCCCCUUUAUAUAUUCUUUUAAUUGUAAAGAUUCUGUAUUGUGAAUUUGGGCAUAGAAAAACACAAACUAGUGAUAUUAUACAACGCUUUAAAACAAAUUUAGAUUUGAGAUUACUGAACAAAAUUUGCCGUAAAAAUUAAUUUCUUAGGAUAAAAUAUACGAAUAGAUUUUAAUGUAACUAAUUACUGUUAUAAGUUCAACCAUUCGUAAUCAUCUGAUUAUCUGAAUAACUUUAAUUAUCAUAUAUAUCUACAUCUACGGCCUAUUUAUCACAUUCAAACCGAUAAUAUAAAGUUCAGCGUAAAAUGCUGAAAAAAUUCUAAUGAUAACAAAAAUUGUCGCAAAUUAUGUGUUUCCAAAGUUCUUUUUCACUCAUACUCAUUAGUCAAUAAUUUUUUGUACGUAACUUAAAAUAAAUUUUGUAUGAAUAAAUAAAUUUUAAGGAAUAA